AUGAAUUCGUGUGGGUUGAGUCCAAAAACUGCCAUUUCAGCUUCCAAACGCGUCAAUUUCAAAACCCUAGAAAAACCAGAUUCGGUUCUCAACUUCUUCAAGAACCAUGGAUUGAGCAAGACCCAGAUCUCAGAUCUCAUCAGAAAAGAAUCAGAACUUCUCUUAUAUGAUCCCAAUAAAACCCUUUUGCCCAAAUUCGACUUCUUCUACUCCACUGGCAUUUCCCGCACUGAUCUCGCGAAGGUUGUAUCCAAUUGCCCAAGCAUUUUGAGACGUAGCUUGAAGAACCAAAUCAUACUGUCUUUCAAUUUGUUGAAGAAUCUAUUUCAUUCAGAUGAUAAGUUUAUGGCGGCCUUUAAACGAUUCCCUGGGAUAAUACUGUUUGAUCAUAGUGCUAUUACAUUCCCCAACAUUGAAAUUUUGAGACAACAUGGCGUGCCAGAUUUGAGUAUUGUGCACUUACUUACUAAUCAGCCUAGGUCACUCAUGAUGCUAAAGCCUGAUAGAUUCAAUGAGGUAGUGGAGGAUGUUAAGAAAAUGGGUUUAAACCCUUCAACAUUACAAUUUGUUAGGGCAGUUUAUGCAUUGACGUCAAUGAGCAAAUCAACAUUGAAAAGGAAGAUGGAGGUUUACGAGAAGUGGGGUUAG